AUGGAUGAGGAAGAUUAUUUGCUAACACCUGAAAAUUACGGGAAUACUUCAACUGAUAUUUAUAAAAAAGAUGAGUCUUCUCACUCUAAAACUGAUGAUUCUGAGCCAGUUAAAUCAAAAAUCGCAGAAUGUGUUACUUCAAACAAUGAAACUAUUGUAAAUGAACUAUCUAAAAGUUAUAAUAAAUCUAAAUCUGAAUGUAUUUCUGAGUUUAAAGAAGCUGAACCUAACCGUUUCAUUUUAGACUAUAAACCAUGUAGAGAUGUUGAGUGUUUUAAGUGUUUAAAUAAGAUAUCAGAAGGUACUUAUGGAACAGUAUACAGAGCGUUGGAAAUAAAAACUGGAAAAAUAGUUGCGUUAAAACACAUCAAGUAUCAUGAUGUUCAGUGGAAAGAAGGAUUCCCAUUAACAUACCUGAGAGAGAUUUCGAUACUGCUACAACUAAAUCACCCGAACAUUCUAUCUGUCAAAGAAAUUGUUACAAAUAAGAAACAAGACCAGUUUUACAUGGUCAUGGAGUAUGUGGAGCAUGAGCUGAAGACAUUAUUGGAGGAAAACAGACCAAACUUUACAUUGUCUGAGAGAAAAUGCCUCCUCAAACAACUUCUGGAUGGAAUAAACUACCUUCACCAGAACUGGGUAAUGCACCGUGACCUUAAAACAACAAAUAUACUAUACAAUAAUAGCGGGCUUGUAAAGAUUUGUGAUUUUGGAAUGGCUAGGAAAUUCGGCGUUCCUAUAAGGAAAUACACACAUAAUGUUGUAACGCAUUGGUACAGAGCGCCUGAGUUGUUUCUUGGCGAGCCUUAUUAUACUGAAAAAACCGAUGUUUGGAGCAUUGGCUGUAUUUUUGCUGAACUUAUACUAUCAAGGCCCUUGUUUAUGGGAACAAAUGACGCAGAUACAUUAGAUAAAAUAUUCAGACUGUGCGGAUCUCCAAAUGAAGAGAACUGGCCAGGGUUCUCUAAACUACCUGGAAUUGUGAGUAACAAAUUUCAAAUACACAAAUAUAAUCCUUCAUUUGAAAAUGUUUUCAAGGUAGGAAUAAUGGGUGGUAUGGUUCAUGGGUCAACUUGUAUGACUGAGUUAGGGCUAGAUUUACUGAAGAAAAUGCUAAAUAUUGACCCUAAUCAAAGAAUUUCUGCCAAAGAUGCUCUUAAUCAUCCUUACAUUACUCAGGAAAAGCCAAGAACUCAAGCAAUAGAGUUGAUGCCGACCGUUCCUGAUACAAACUCAACUUCCAGAACGAAAAGGCGACAAGAAAAACAGGAUAACCAAGAAUUGGAGUCACAGUCGAGGUUCAGAGGAAGAGUUGAUCCUGUAAAAUUCUUAUCAAUGAUGAAAGAAAAAAAAAUAUCACAAAGAUGA